UUUGAGACUGCAAACACAGAAAAAGGGGGGGAGACAAGAGACUUGCAUGAGAGAAAGAGAGCAAAGGGAGGAAACUCGAGAGUCAUCCGAGACUGUCUAAACAAGCAACAUUUUACCUUCUUGUUCCGGUUCUUGUGUCUGUUCUGUUGUGUGUGAGAUUUGGGCAAAAACCAAGUUAAACCAAAACAGAAUUUACAACAGGCAGCAAUAUCCCAGCAUUUUUUAAUGCAAACAAAAACAUGAGCUCCUACUUUGUUAACCCUCUUUUUUCCAAGUACAAAGGCGGCGAAACGCUGGAGCCAACUUACUACGACUGUCGGUUCCCUCAGAGCGUCACCCGCGGCCACACACUGGUGUACGGACCUGCAGCGCCCGCACCGGGCUUCCAGCACCCGGCCCAUCACGUUCAGGACUUCUUCCACCAUGGGACAUCGGGAAUUUCUAACCCCGGAUACCAGCAGAAUCCCUGCGCUUUAGCUUGCCAUGGAGACGCCACGAAAUUUUAUGGAUACGAAACCCUUCCGAGGCAAUCGCUUUAUGGAACCCAGCAAGAGGCAAGCUUAGCGCAAUACCCAGACUGUAAAUCGUCUAAUGGCACUAACCCCGGAGAAGGACAAGGCCACUUAAAUCAAAACUCGUCUCCCAGUCUCAUGUUUCCUUGGAUGAGACCCCACGCACCCGGAAGACGCAGCGGGCGCCAGACCUACAGUCGGUAUCAAACUCUGGAACUGGAGAAGGAGUUUCUGUUCAAUCCUUACCUCACACGCAAGAGACGGAUUGAAGUGUCCCACGCCCUUGGUCUGACUGAGCGGCAGGUAAAGAUCUGGUUUCAGAAUCGCAGGAUGAAGUGGAAAAAAGAGAAUAACAAAGACAAGUUCCCAGGCCAGAGAGCGGAGGCGGAGGCCGAGGCCGAGGAUGAGGGCAACGAGGACGGAGAAGUGGCAGACAGAGAAGAGAAGGAGACAGCAGAGAAAACGGAGACUAAGGAGUAAUUUUAUGGUCUUUUAUGGCUAUACAGCUUCAAAAGGGGAGAUCUAGCGAAUGGGGCGAUGAGCAAGAAAGGGAGACGGCUUCAACUUUACGACCACCGUUUUUAUUGAGUCAACAACAGAGAGAGAGAGAGAGAGAGAGGAAAAAAAGCCCACAGACACAACUGUCAAAAACUUCUCCCUUCUCAAUAUCUCCAGAGAGCUGACUACAUAUUGACCAGGCUGUGAAAUGAAACCAGUCUUUUCAAGUUAAAACGAAGCGAAAUCAAAUCAGUUCUGUUUGUCAAAAUACUCUUGCUGGGUGGGGAGGGUGGGAGGCUAAAUGGGAAUGGGCAGGAUACACGAAUCUCUUGCGUCCAGAUUGGUCCGUGGAACUUUAAAAUAACAUUUUCACCACCUAGACCGUUUAUGUUUACAACAUAGUUGCUUUAUAUGUAAUUGUCUUAACAAACACACCAAUGCAACACUUAGGACGAAAAAGCAGGUGUUGAUAUACGUCUACAAACUUUCAUGACUUGCAUUUAAAUAGACAUACGAAAUGAGCCAACACUUCAGCCUAGACCCGCAAAUAUUUUAUUGUAGAACUUCACAAUGCGAUGCUUUAAAACGUAUAAACAAAUCAAGUAGGUAAAAGAUUUCUAUCCUUCCCUGCUGAGAUUGCAUUCAUCAUUCUCUUGUACAGAAUUACAUGUACACCUCUUCAAUGUAGGUUCAAACACGCGUUAAGUAUUAUAAUUAUUUGUACUUAAGGUAGGGUAUUAUUUGUGGUGGGUGGUCCUGAAGAGGUGUUUUUUCGUUUUCAGUGUUAGAAUUACUAGGGAAAUACAAUCGCUUGAAAAGUCUAAAUAUGCUACCUAACUGGGACGAAUGCAAUACAUUUUUAAAUAAAAAUUUCAUAAAGUUUAAUCUGUCUGCGAAUAUGAUUACUGAAAUGUAUCUUCCUUUCCCAAGCAGCCUGUAUUUAGGGAGUUUUGGUAGAAGUGGGCUCUGUCAGCUACCGCGUUAGUCGAUAUCAAACCUGGGUGCUCUUUGUCAGCACCUAGAGAUAUGCCUUUUCAGUAUUUAUAUGCCAUAAUUAUUUUGUGCUGCUUUGUUUUAUACGAAAUGUUUCCCCAACAACUUAAACUGCCUAAAAGGAACACGCACAUUGUUGCGAUGAAGACUAUUACGUGUACUACUUUUGGAAUCAUUUUGAUAAAGUGUCAAGUAUUUUUUCCUUGUGCUGAUGUUUUAGCCUAGAUUUGAAAUUGCACUGAAUAUAAUCUUCAUGUUCGUCUUGGUAUAUAGCUGUUAACCAUAUGCUUGUUUUCCUGUUCAUUUUGAAUACAAGAUACUUGUGUUACCAUACCGGUGUUGUCACAACAAUAAUAUAAAAUAAAAUAUUCUUUCCCCCUAUCCUUCUCAUUUGAUUAAAUUUAAAG